AUGCCCCGUGCCUUCAGCCUCGACAAGUUCAAGCACAAGGUGGGCCGCCGCUCGUCAGAGCCGUUGUUGUUGGUGGAGCCCAACCCUUCCGCUUCCGAUAGGAGAAGCAGCACCAGCAACCCUUCCAUCGUGAUUUCUGACCCCAACCCCAGAAACCACGCUGACGACUCCGAAACAGGCCCCCAGUACGCAUCGUUGACGGCCCACCCCCGUCUCCGAGCCCACGGCAGCACCCACGCCGCCAACACUUCCAAGAAACAGGUCAAAGAGCUCAUCAAGCAGGAAAGCGCCCACAUCAUCCUGAAGAAGUUGGUGCACACCCUCCACGAGUUGGGGCUCCAGAACCCCAUCCCGCUCAAGGCCACCAACGGCUCCCCCAACGGCUCGGUGUCCAAGACCACCAAGCUCUACGUGGCCAACACCAACGACUGUAUCUACCUUGCGCCCGCUUCCCUGGCUAGUUUCACCUACGAGGACGUCGAAAAUGGCGGCAACGCUUCCAACAGCAACAAUUUGAACGCCAACGACCUCUUGGACAUGGACUCUGAAUACAAUCAGCACGCCUCGCAUGAUGACGAGUCGGCAGUGGUUUCUGACGACGACGACCCCAUACUCAGUUCCCACUUCAACGAAAACGUCCGCCGACACAGCAACAGCUUCAACAACAGCGUGACCGCAGAUCCCAACUUGGAGAACAUCCCCUCCAGGUUGCAGCAAAAGAUGGACUCGUUCAGUUCUCCUAAUUACCUUUGUACCAAAAUUGAUUCCGACAAGCCUAUUCCCCACACUUUUGCCGUUAUUAUAGAGCUCAGCAAGGACACCAGAAGUGUCCGUGAUGUCAAAUUCGAAUUCCAAUCCAUGACCAAUAUACUAUGGCCCACAGGUGAUCCAUACAGCAAGGGCCAUGUUCGCGAACGCUUCAGAAUCGGCCACAUGGAAUGGAACACAAGUCUAGGCGAGGCCGAUUACUAUAUCAAUUCAUCCAACACCAACGACGUGAAGACAAAGAAACUCACCCCAGACGACCUAGCCAGGCGUACUAGAGAGUACAAGCUAAUCAAUAUUAGAGAUUUGGCAAACGGGGUGGAUAAAGCCAAUAAGGCGAAAGAAGACAAUUGGCUGACCACCUCAUCCAACGGAACUCUCUCGUACAGCACUCCCGGGGCUUCAUCUUCGUCGCCAAACGACGUAUUUAAAGCGGGUCACUAUGUGUUCCUACUUCCAAUUUUACUUCCGCAGCACAUCCCAGCUACUAUAGUGUCUAUUAAUGGUUCACUAGAACACUCUUUGUUUGUGUCUUUUUCCAAAACCAGUGACAAGAUUAACCGUAAGGUUAAAGUUCUUGGAAACUACCAACUUCCCAUGGUUAGAACACCACCAUCCUUUGCAAAUUCGAUAGCAGAUAAACCCAUUUAUGUCAACCGGGUUUGGAAUGACUCUCUCCACUACAUUAUCACAUUUCCUAAGAAAUAUGUGGCAUUAGGAGCAGAGCAUGUGGUGAAUGUCAAGUUAGUUCCUUUAGUUAAGGAUGUGAUCAUCAAGAGAAUCAAGUUUAAUGUUUUGGAAAGAAUUACUUAUGUCUCGAAAAAUUUGUCGAAAGAGUAUGAUUACGAUAGUGAAGAUCCUUAUUAUUUGAGGGGAUUAUCAUCCGACAAUAAGGUCAGAGAGAGAGUGGUCCCUUUGUGUGAAUUGAAGACAAAAAUGAAGCCAAAUAACACAUCUGGUAAUGAGCCUUACAAAGAAGAAGUAAUAAAAUGUCCCGAGAAUAAUUUGUUGUUUGUUUGCUAUGAGCCUGAUGAUGAAUUGGACAACUUAAACUUGAACGAUCCCUUAUGCAAAGGCGAUCAGCAACCAAACACAACCAUUGCAUCUCCUUUGGAUAUUAAUAUUGCCUUACCAUUCCUCACCACAAGGACGGAUAAGACCAUGCUCACUAACUCAGAUGGAGAUGACUCAGAUCUUACACCAAGACAGGGUUCAAUUUCGAAUGAUAGGUUUGCUUCUGUUGAUGGAAUGGGUAAGAGACCGUCUAAGUCGGAUCAAGGUGCUCCUUCUUCCCCUGGUCUCUCACCAACUUCACCAAUAAUUGGCACAUUGGAGACAAACAUGAGUCACUCGUUCAGCAACAAUGAAGAUUAUUCAAGUAUGAAUGAUUUCUUUACUCCGGAUUCUUCUGCGUACAUCAAUGAUGAACAUGGAACAAGUUCCAGCCCAAGUGAGAAUAUUCAACUGGGGUUCACACAUGUGGCACGGGCCUUGUAUCCAGACUCAAAUUUCAGGCAUGUUCAAAUUCACCAUAGAUUACAGGUUUGUUUCAGGAUCUCUAAGCCUGAUCCGAAAGAUGAUUUCAGAAUGCACCACUACGAAGUUGUUGUUGAUACGCCGUUAAUUUUGGUAAGUUCCAAAUGUAACGACGAGUCGAUCCAAUUACCAGAAUAUGAUGAAAUAUUUACUACCCAAGAAUUUGGGGAACCUACAGGAUCCAAGCCAAGAUUCAGAACCCCAAAUUUUGGCACUGCAAGUUACGACAACAACGGAGUUACCAUCAAAGCUUUGAACGAACAGGGAGAUGAACGCUUACCAUCAUUUGAAGAAGCUACAUCUACCCCUUCGUCCCCAAUUACCAGGACAUUUUCGAUCUCUGAGGACCCCUUGAGUCGAAUACCAUCAAUUUCAGCGCUGGGACCGUCUUUCAAUCCGAAUUAUCUACCCAGGGGUCCUGCUCCCGCUUACGAAGCCCCAUCAUCACCUUCUCCAGCUCGCCCCAGUAAUCUUGAGGAUCCAGUGCUUGGCCCAUUGAACAUCGAUCAAUUGGUGAAUCUUGAUUCAGCUUCAUCAAGUUCUACUAUCAGAACUUCGAGAUUGCGAUCGUCUCUAGUAAGUUCGUUCGCACCA